AUGGCUAGCAAGGGCAAAUCGAGAUGGGCAGACACCGAAGAAGACGCCGAGUUGGAAUCAAAGCUAAGACAAGAAAGGGAAGAGAAGCGUCGGAAGAAGGCAGAGAAGGCGCGCAAGCUCGAGGCCGACAAACAAGCAGCUCUAGCAGCAUCCUCCCAGAGCAACGACAUCAACCAAGAAGCGGAGGGAAGACCCUCCAAACGACGCAGAGUUACGCCCGAAGCAGAGACCAGUAGUAAUAAUAAUAAACCGAUAAAACUCUUGCGAUUCGAGAAUGCCGGCACAUGGGGGAAGAGUCGGAGCGUCGAGAACUACGACAAGCUCAACGACAUCGAGGAGGGCACAUACGGCUGGGUCGCAAGGGGAACAGAACGUGCGACUGGGAAAGUUGUGGCGCUGAAAAGAUUAAAACUCGAGCCUUCAGAUCGAAAUGGGCUACCGGUUACGGGAUUGAGAGAGAUUCAGAUUCUGCAGGACUGCAAGCACCGCAACAUUGUACGACUGGAAGAGGUUGUGGUUGGCGAGGAUGUCACAAAGCUUGACAAUUCAAUAUUCCUAGUCCUCGAAUUCGUGGAGCACGACCUCAAAGGUAUUCUCGAAGACAUGCCUGAACCCUUCCUAUCCUCCGAAGUCAAGCGCCUCCUCCUCCAGCUAACGUCCGGCCUGUCCUACCUGCACGAAAAUUGGAUUCUUCACCGCGAUCUCAAAACAUCAAACCUCCUCUUAAAUAACCGUGGCCAGCUCAAGAUUGCCGACUUCGGCAUGGCUCGCUAUGUCGGCGAUCCACCACCUAAACUGACCCAGCUUGUCGUAACGCUGUGGUACCGCGCUCCAGAACUGCUUCUAGGGACAAAGACAUACGACGCUGCGGUAGAUAUGUGGAGCGUUGGCUGCAUAUUCGGCGAGCUCAUAACGCGCGAGCCCCUGCUCCAAGGCACCAACGAGGUAGACCAAAUGUCCAAGAUAUUUGAACUGUGCGGCGUGCCAACUGAAGAAUCGUGGCCCGGAUUCCGAAGGCUCCCCAACGCCAGGAGUUUGAAGCUUCCCAAGAAUUCCUUAACCACUGGAUCCGUUAUACGGGCACGGUUUCCAGGCAUGACCACCGCUGGAGCCAGCCUUCUCAACGAUCUGUUAGCUCUGGAUCCAGACCGACGACCGACAGCCAAAGAGAUGCUCAGUCACGAAUACUUCCGCCAGGAUCCUAAACCAAAGCCUGAGAGCAUGUUCCCAACUUUCCCCAGCAAAGCGGGUCAGGAACGAAGACGUCGACAUGAACCCAAUGCGCCUGUCAGAGGUCAAGCAGUAAGCUUAGGUGACGUCGACUUGAGUGGCAUAUUCCAGGGAAGAGACAAGGAGGAGCGUGGAGCUGGCUUUACGCUGCGAAUGGUAUGA